AUGAGAGAAUCUAAAUGGAAUUCUUUGAUAGAAGAUGUCUCUUCGUUUUGUGAUAAGAAUGGUAUUGUAAUCCCAAAAAUGGAUGAGAAGUAUGCACUUGGAAAGUCGAAGUGUAAAAGCUCAAUUGUUACAUAUUUCCAUCGUUUGUACGUAGAGGUUUUUUGUGCUACUAUUGAUUUGCAACUUUCGGAGCUUAACAGUCGUUUUAGUAAAGUGAAUACUUCUCUGCUUCUUGGUAUGGCUAGUUUAAGUCCCGAUGAUUCUUUUGCGAAUUAUGAUAAAAAUAAGAUUAUGAAACUUGCUAUAUAUUAUCCAAAUGAGUUCACUGCUUCUAAGCUUGAAGAUCUUAGUUAUGAGCUUGACAGUUAUAUGGACUAUGUGCGAGAAAUGGACAAUGCAUUCUCUAACUUGAAAGGGUUUGGUGAUCUGUCGAAGACAUUGGUUAAAACAAAUAUUCACAAGACAUGGAGACUUAUUUAUUUGCUUGUGAAGCUGAGUUUGAUAUUACCUGUGGCUACUGCAAUGGUUGAAAGGACUUUUUCUUCAAUGAAGUUUAUUAAAAAUGAUUUGCGAAGCAGGAUUGGUGAUGACUUUUUGAAUGAUUGUUUAGUUUGUUUUAUAGAGGAUGAAGUAUUUGAAAGUGUAUCUAAUGAUGCGAUCAUUGAUCGUUUUCAAAACAUGACAACUCGUCGAAUGCAAUUGAAAUGA